CGGUGCGCCCACCCUUGCCGGGCAUACGAAAGGACCCUCGGCCUAUUUCAUGAUCGGCUCUGGAACGUCCAGGACCAUCAGCGUCGAUCUCUUCCUCUCCAGCGACCCCACAGCAUUCUCACCAUCACACGGGGCACAAUGACCACACCCAACGACACCCCGCCCACCAGCAUCCUGUCGACCCACAGAGUUCUCUUCUGGUCCCUUGGCGGUGCUGCCCUGGUCCUCCUGGUUCUCGUCGCAUCCAUCCUCUGCAUCCGCGUUCGCCGACGCAGCCGCAGCUCCAAAUGUGCUCAACCCGUCGAAACCCUCGACGUUCAGCACCAAGCUGCCAGUCGCACGCCAGCCCGGCCUGCGCCCGACAAUCCAGACACCCUGCUGCGAGUUGUGACGAUCGAUUCCAGCAUCGAUUCGGGGCUUCUCGACUCGCCUGUGAUUGCGGCCGCGGAUGCAACCCCAAACGACGCUGCAGCCACCGGACUUCCCUGGCCGGCCCUGUCUCCGCUCAUCAUGAUCACUCCGCCUGGACCGACAGAGCAUGACAGCCAUUCCUUGAACGACUCUGUGGCUGCCCGGGCUGGUUCGGAACUCGCACCGCCUGCAUCCGAGCAGCCCAUCGCCUCGACAUCCGACAGCGACCCGGACCAGGCCACGAUCUGCGACUGGUCCGAACUCCGGACAUCCUUGCUCAUGAACGGCUCGUCAAUCUCCGUGCCCUCGAGCCUCGACUCGCAGAUGACGAUUGCUCGCCGCGCACUACCAGCGGUGCUCUGAUGUGAUCGCUCCGUCUUGGCCUCGGGCACUGGCCGGGCGUGGGAACAAAGUCUGGCUCGGAGUGCAGUGGCAUCAAUCGAUACUUGGGCCCUGGAACAGAUAGAGCAGAUAGAGCAGAUAGAGCAGAUAGAGACGAUAGAGCAGAUAAAUCAAUAGAUAGAUAGAACGC